AUGAAUCCUGUCAUGGCCUCCAGCGUAGCGGCACCAGCACCAACCCAGCGGAACCUUGGUCAACCCGCCAUGGCGGCGCCGAAGUCGCGGCCGCGGGGAGGAGCAACAGGAGGCAGCAGACGCAAGAACCGGGCCGCCGAGGACGAUGACCCAUCGAAGCGGCGCUGUGUAUCGACGGCGUGUAUAGCGUGUCGAAAGAGAAAGAGCAAGUGCGAUGGGAACAUCCCCGCAUGUGCUGCCUGUUCCCAGGUGUACGGGACGGACUGCAUCUACGACAUUAACUCGGACCAUCGACGAAAGGGCGUCUACAAGAACGAGGUGGACACGCUCAAAGCACGUGAUUCCACCCUGCAGACGUUGGUCCAGGCCAUCUUGAACUAUCCCGAAGACGAUGUCCCCGCCCUGGUGCGGGACAUUCGCACGUGCGAGAGCCUGGACGCGGUGGCGGAGCGGAUCAAUGCCAGGGAGAAGGAGAAGGAGCAUGGCAAGGAGGCCGACAACGAGCCAGGCGAGUCGCCGAAACAUGAUGAGCAGUCGCAAGGAGCGGCACCGACAUUUGAAUCCCAUUUAUACGGCAAAAUGGGAGAUUUACGUCUUGAUGAUGGGUCUAUCCGAUAUAUCGGAGGAACCUCCAAUCUCAUCCAUCUGGCGCAGGAGGAGCGCAGAAGCGCAGAGAUCGAAGAGCAGCCUCAGCACGAGAACGCCAUCAUAUCUUGGACCAACGUAACCGACGACGCCGAGCUGAUCAACCAUCUUCUCAACAUGUACUUUACCUGGCAUUACACCUUCUUCACCACCCUGUCCAAACAGCUCUUCCUCCGAGACUUCUACCUUGGACGCCCGCCAAAUGACACGCGGCGUGCAACGCAAUACUGUACUCCAGUCUUGGUCAAUGCCAUCUUGGCGUUGGGAUGCCAUUUCACCUCCAAUCCCGGCGCCCGAGAUGAUCCWGAGGACUCCGCCACGGCCGGUGAUCACUUCUUUCGAGAAGCCAAACGUCUAAUCAUGGAGAAUGACGAGCACGAAAAGCCGCACCUGACAACAGUCCAAGCACUGGCGUUAAUGUCGGUACGUGAAGCUGGGUGUGGUCGAGAGGGCAAGGGUUGGGUGUACAGCGGCAUGUCUUUUCGGAUGUCUCUGGACAUGGGACUCAAUCUCGAGUCCAGUCAUCUCAGCGCCGGUCGGGACGCGCGUGUCGACGAAAAUGAAGAGGACGUUCGCCGAGUGACCUUCUGGGGAGGUUAUCUGUUCGACAAGUGCUGGUCCAACUAUCUUGGGCGCUUGCCUCAAUUGCCCUCAUGUAUCGUGGCCGUUCCAAAGUUCGACGUAUUCCCCGAGGAAGAAGCAUCACAAUGGAGCCCAUACACCGACUCCGGCUUCUCAACAGCACAUACACAGCCCGCCCGCACGAGAACAGUCGCACGCGAAAUCUCCAAGUUGUGCGAGAUCAGCAAUGAUCUGAUGACGCACUUCUACAACCCCACGGACCUGGAGAAGACCAAAGGCAAAGCCGCUGAACUCAAGAAGCUAUCCGAUAUACACAGUCGGCUUGAGGCGUGGCGGCGAGAGCUGCCUAAAGAGCUGGAGCCAAGAGAAGGCGGCCUUCCGAGCGUCCUGGUGAUGCACAUGUUCUUCCAACUCUUAUUCAUCCAUCUGUUCCGGCCUUUUCUAAAAUACACGCAGGCUACCUCCCCUCUACCAUCAACAGUCAGUCCACGGAAGCUGUGCACUUCAGCUGCAGCCAUGAUAUCCAAACUCAUGCGGCUGUACAAGCGCUCUCACGGUCUUCGUCAGAUAUGUAACAUCGCCGUAUACAUCGCUCACUCGGCCUGCACGAUUCACCUCCUAAAUCUUCCGGAUAAGCACGCCCGGCGUGACAUAGUCCACGGCGUCAAGCACCUUGAAGAGAUUGCCGAAGGUUGGCUUUGUGCUCGGCGUACUCUGGCCAUUUUGAGCAGGUUGGCAUGCRGAUGGAAUGUUGAAAUGCCGGAAGAUGCAGCGGUCGUGCUUGCACGGACUGAUGCAAAGUUUGGAUCUUUCAAGACCGAGUUCCACUCCCCAUCAAGUCAGAGAGUAGAUUCGGUAGGGGUGAGCCCGCAGCCGAUGAUGAUGCAAUAUACACAGGCUCCUACGAGUGUCCCGGUCGAAGCUCACAACAGUACGGCAGGCUCAAUAGCACCGCCGGUGUUUAACCCUGCGGCGAGCGGAGUGAGUACUAUCGGUCCAACUCGGUCAGAAUCUGGCAUGCAACAAACAUUCCCACUGGCUAUCAACACCUUACCAAUGCAGCAGUACCAACCCGUCACAACUGCACCGCCUGUAACUCCGCAAUACAGACCAUGGACCAACCAGAAUCUGCGCCCGAUCGGCGACAGUCCAUCAGACAUGUUCGGUGGCGUUGAGCAGCUCAUUCGCGACAGCCAAGAUUGGGCAUAUCGAGACCAAGCGCAGCUCGCCACCGGAUUUGAGAAUUGGAAUGGAGAGAUUGAUGCCCCCAACUGGACUGGUGUUGGUAUCAACAUGCCAAUCAACAAUGGUGGGAUGGCACCGGGACUGCCUGCUCGGAGUGUUGCUCCUCCAUCUUCGAUGCAUUCUGCGUCUCCGCAAAGUACAAGCGGAUAUGUGACGGCAGUGCCGACAAAUGGAGGGAAUGCGUCUGUGGAAGCCAUGGCGAAUUGKCUGAAUAGUAUGAAUGCUUACAACAGCAUGGCGACGUCUUAUAAUGAGGAUGAAUGGUACCAAUGA